AUGGAGUAUCAGAUUCCGUUUCUAGAUCCAGCACCGACCUGGUUCGGUAACAUGGACCAAGGAUAUAUCGACCCAAUGCUCAAGGACCACGCUGUGCAAGACGAUACAGCACCUUGGAGUUACCCUCAAAGGUACAACAAUCUACUUGACAGCGAGAGCUCAGCAUAUGCGAACCACGGCAACGGAAGGUGGGAAGGAACUGCACCAGUACCGCCAGCCGCUUUCAUCCCAGGACGCACCACCCCUUACGAUCAGCAGUCCUCUAUCUGUAGUAGUGACAGUCUCCCGUUCGGCGACAGCGACCAUGGAUUGGACAAUCCAGCGACGCCUUCAGAUGGAAUGUUGUCACCACCGGCACCUUACGACCAGUGGUCACAUCAUGGAGGACAGUUUGUCUACCUAUCAGACCUAAGUUUCAACAAGUUCGAGAUGACCGCCAGUUACCAAGAACAUCAACAAACAUUUAACGAUGAAGACAUUAAAUUCUCUACCCGGGCAUCAAGCAUGUCAAGCGACUGCAGCACGUGCGGAAUGGAUCCUCAAAACCAACAGCUAUCACCAUCAUCGUCAUCAACAGGGACGACAAGCCCAGCCGAUGUACCGCACCCGAUCAAGCAGGAGAAGUUUGCCUCGGAGCACUAUCCUUCUCCGCCAGAUAAUGAGGACUACGCCUCUGAACACGAUAGUGAACAACCAAAUGCCGGCGACGACGAUGACGAGGACUACAAGCCCAAUGCGCGUCGGCCGCACAAGCGCACGACCUCCAACACCAACCGUGGUGCUGCACAACGCAAGAGAAGCAAUGCUUCUCAGCCCAACUCCCCCAGUAAGAGAGUGAAGCGCGAGUCGACCUUGCCUGCGUCUCACAGGCCAAUGAGUAAAGUAGCUGCCGUUACUAGAGGGGCUUUUUCUUGCACGGAAUGUCGUGAGGCCUCCUUCAAAGACCAAGCUAGCCUUCAGAGACAUAUCAAGCAGCAACACACACGGCCUUUUGUCUGUGUUUUCCAAUUUGCCCAGUGCGAAUCGACGUUCGCGAGCAAGAAUGAAUGGAAGAGACAUGUAGCUUCUCAGCACCUCCUCCUCAACUAUUGGCUAUGCCAGCAGGACGGUUGCGCCAAGCUCUCCAACACAUCCGCCUCCGCUACCAAGCCGACUGGAACAUCCCGUCACCGAAACGCCAACAAUACUGGGUCGCAAGGUCCUUGCUCCUAUGGUGGACUUCCCAAUGGCGCCAUCUUCAACCGCAAGGACCUGUAUACUCAACACCUUCGCCGAAUGCAUAGCCCACCGACUGUCAAGAAGCAGGCCAAGGCCAAGAAAAGCGUCCCCGAGUGGGAAGACAGAGUCCGUUCAUGCCAGACUGAGGCUCACAAGCUUCGAUGCGCACUACCCGAGUACAUGAGAUGCCCAGUGCAGGGGUGCGAUUUCGAGGCUGUCGGCCACACAGCUUGGGACGAGCGCAUGGAGCACGUGGCCAAGCACCUCGAGAAGGCGGCAAACGGUGAAGAAGCUCAAAUCAUGUUUGGAGGCGACAAUGACCCCACACUGAUGAACUGGGUCCUCCGGUCAGAUGUUGCCGUCGUCAGAGACGAUGGUCCUGGCAGGUGGGCUCUGAACAACCCCCUGAAGCCUGAGCGAGGUGCUGGUAGCAAAGCACCAACUCAGAUGACAAUCAAGAAUGAGCAUGACGACGAUUACGAUGACGAGGAAGAUGCGCCCGGCGAGCUCGACGACUAG